UCUGGAAGGAAUCUCGUCUCUGAAAAUUCUGAAACAUAUAAAACUCCUGAAAAUCGGGAGAAAAUUUCUUUCAAAAAAAAAAAUGUCCGAGCUACCAGUGUUGAUCAGCCGUGACGAUGUUGCGCGACUUCUAAAAAACACAGACUUGAUUCCGAGGCUCGAGAAGGUAAUGGGAAUGUUUUCGAAGCGGAAUAAUGCAGAAGUGAUACAGCCCUUGCGUACAAUUAUUCCACUUCAGAAAUACAACGGGUUUGUUGGGAUGAUGCCUGCAUAUGUGGCCCAUGAAGACAUAUUAGCCACAAAGAUGGUGUCAUUAUACAGGCGAGACAAUGAUUCAGUUUUACCUGCACAUCAAGCCACAGUACUGCUGUUUGACCCAGAACGGGGAAAUGUCACAGCUGUAAUGAAUGGGACAGUGAUCACAGAGAAAAGGACAGCAGCAGUUUCAGCUAUAUCUGCAAAACUGCUGAUGCCAGUCAAAGCAGAGGUUCUGUGCAUUCUGGGUUCAGGACCUCAAGCUGUCAGCCAUUAUGAGGUCUUCACAGAGAUGUUCUCCUUCAGAGAGAUACGCGUGUGGAGUAGGAGGAGGGAGAGAGCGGAGCAGUUUGCCAGUGCUCUCCAAGGCCCUGUGACUGUGUGUUCCUCUGUGAAAGAUGCUGUGGAGGGGGCUGAUGUCAUAAUCACAGUGACUUUGGCAACAGAACCUGUGCUGCUGGGCGAAUGGGUGAAGCCAGGGGCUCAUGUUGCUGCUGUGGGAGCGUGCAGGCCAGACUGGAGGGAGCUGGACGAUGCUCUGAUGAGAGAAGCCGUGGUGUAUGUGGACAGCAGGGAAGGAGCCGCGGCUGAAUCAGGAGAUAUCAUUCUCUCUGGGGCCAGUGUAUUUGCAGAGCUGGGAGAAGUCAUUAAUGGAACCAAACCUGCUGAAAGAGAGAAAACCACUGUGUUUAAAUCUCUGGGGAUGGGAAUUCAAGAUGCAGUAUCUGCCAAACUUGUGUUUGACCAAUGGAAGAGCCAGCAGUGAUGUAAUGUUGCCAUUUAUUUGGGAAAAUCAAACAGCAGUGCUAUGAAUAUCAUAUAUCUGAAACUGAGUAGCAACAAACAGUAUAAACAUUUUUACAUUCACAUUUUUUAAAUAAAACCAAAUAUUUUCAGGGGAGGUCCAAGUAUAAUGGUCAGGCUACAAGAAUGUGGAGUUCUGUGGCAACUACUUGUAGUGAUUGUUGGCUGCCUGCCUGGAUGGUGCUACAAUGGUGAGUUCCAGAGACCUCACAUAUUGCCCUUCCUGAGGUUUGAGCCCAAUAUAAACAUUCCAGCGGAAUAAUGCACGUCCACAUACCGCUUGUGUGAGAACAGCUUUCAUGUGAGGUUAGAAUAUGGCAUUUGUGCCAUGGAUGGAUUCCUUGUUACACUUUAGUGCCGUUCAGCAUUUAUGGCUCAGCUGAAGUUACAUGCUUGCCCAGCCUCUAUAGAAGGAAUGAGACGGAAUGCCACAAGACACCAACCCUGAGCUUCUAUUUCCUUCCAUAAUCUGGAUCCAGUGAUAUUAAAUUGAAGUAUCAUCUCAAGUCAGACCAUUGAAUAUGUACUGUGUUCAUACCAGCAACAUUCCAGUGCACAAGGCCUGUAACACCAUUGAGUUUCUUGUGAAUGCCUUUUCAGGAAUGUCUUGCGUGCUAGAAGCUCAAAUUUAUACAAAAACAAAACAUAGGCAAAUGACACAAUAAGAUCACAAACAUAUUACAUAGUACAGGUCAAAUGCUCAUUUGAGCCUAACAGUGCCAGUUGUUAAGUUUGUCGUGUGAGGUACAGUGCUUGUAAAGUUUGAUGCUCCUAGGCAUCUUGGCAGUGUACAAAAUGGGCAUUUGUGGUUUAAUUUCUGCAUGGAUACCUGCAGCAAGAGGUGCCCUUCACUCUGUCUCUAGCUCAGUUCUCUGUCUGCUGACUCAACAGCAGCACACCCAUACAAGAGCUACUCA